AUGAAUGGCGGUAACAAUAGCCAAAUAAUCUUGUCUCAGGUCGGGCAACUGCUGCAGUCUCAGGGCCCGUAUUCAGGAUGGCGGGCAGAAGUCCAGGUCAGAGAUCGGGCAAUGAAAGUCUAUCAAAUGAUUACAUCACUCCGUCUGAUACAACCCCGCAUUGACACGAACAGUGCCGCUCAGGCGGCGUUGGCUUUCGAACAAAAAGCCUUCAAAGAUGCAAGAGAGAAGACCGAGUACGAAAGAAACUGCAAUGAGAAGCUGGUUCAUAUUCGCGAUACUCGCGCCCGACAAGCUGCUGUAAUGCAGAAUGGGAUGAUGCCCCAGGGCCCGACAACAGGGAUGCCUGGGGUCGGACAGGCAGGGUUUCCUGCACAAAUGAACCACCCUAUGCAGGCCUCUCCAAUGCCUGGGCAACAACAGAUGUCGAUGAGUCUUGGUGAUCUGGGUCAGCAAGGUGGAAUGCAACAUCGCCCGCAACCGCAACAGCCGCAACAACAGCAGCAAUCGCAACAACAGCAACAACAACAGAACAUCAUGCAGCAAAGAGCCCAACAAAGACCAGCCGUUGGGUUCCCCUACAACGAUGAAUUGCAAACUCUUUCCGCUCAGGAAUAUGAGCAAGUCUGUCGUGUUGCAAGCCAAAUAAUUUCAAAGACUCCCCAAGAGGAUCUGGAAAAGAUCAAGCUAAACCUGCAGAACAUGUCGCAGGAGCAGCGCCAGUAUCUCGUGAAGAAGAAGAUGGAUCCGUUGACUUAUUUCUUCCGCUCGCAGGCUCUGACCCAGCUUCGACGGUUCAAGCGAAACCGAAUGGAAUUGGCUCGUAACCAGGGUGCUGGUGUUGACCCCAAUGGGGCAGCAAUGCUGGCAGAAACUAUGAACCCACAGCAGCGACAAAUGUUGAUGAAUUUACAACGCAACUCGACAUUCCCCAUGGGAAACCAGCCAAAUCCUGAGCCGUCGUUCAUGGGUAGUAUUGACAACAUUCAAGGGCAGCAAGCGGAGGGGUUGCGCUCCCAGGAAGCAGGCCAGCUUGUGGUUCCCGCUAGUUCCUUGCCGAUCAACACAGGCUCAAAUAUGUUCCCGAUGAACUCUCAGCUCGGCCCGAACGCCCAGGCCGGUAUCAGCCCUCAGUUUCUCGCGCAACAUACACAGAACGCGCAGAAUGUUUCUCAAGGAAGGCCUCAACAGACAUCUCAACUACAAACUGAUACCCCUCCUCAGCAGGCACGCAUUAACGCAGCUCAAAGAGCGCAACUCGCAAUGACUCAAGGUGGACAAGUCGGCUCCCAGAUGCAACAUCAGAUGGCACAAAGUCCCGCAAUGUCCAUGCUGAACCGUCCCAUGGCCCCGGGUCAAAUGUCGCCCGCACAGGUAGCUGCACAGGUCCGGCCUCCGUCUCGCGCUCCCGGCAUGGGACAGCAACAGGCUAAUGUCCAAGCUAUGGGCGGACAGCCAGCAAUGCAACGGCCUCAAAUACCGCCCGGCCUUCCUCCAGCGGUCCAAGAGCAUUUAAGCCAAAUGAGUACAGAACAGUUGAAUUAUAUCCAGCAACGGGCGAUUGCGAACAAUCAGAUGCUAAGGCAAAGUCGCCAACAGUCCAUGCCAAUGCAGCAGGGUUUUGGGCAACAAGGCCAAGGUCAGCAGAUGUUGAACGGCCAGAUGGGCAAUGGCCAGGGCAUUCGCGCGCCUCUCAAUUUGCAACAGCAAAUCGCGAACAUGAACGGCGUUCAAAUCCCCAACCAUAUGCUGCCGGGACAACAGGGGUCGGUUCAGCAGCAACAGCAACAGCGUCAACACGAUAUGUACAAGCGGCAGCUUCUUCGCCAGCAUAGUGUAGGCAUCGAGAUGUCACCUGAACAAACCAAAGAAAUGGAUCGUGUACAUUUUCCACCCGCGAUUCUGAACAACAAUCCCAACAUCUCGUCACCUGUUCCGACGCAUAUCAAAACUUGGGGUCAACUGAAAGAGCUGGCAUCUUCGAAUCCUCAACUGCUUGGGGGUGUCGACAUACAGAAACUAGUGGCAUUGCAGAAACUACACCUUGCCCAGAUUCUGACUCAGGCCAAAGAAGGCAACCGUAGCGCCGAGCAGCAUGGCCAAGGCCCUUGGAUGCCAACACAGUUCCAGGGACAAUCGCAGCCUUUCAUGAACAAUCAAUUUACUUCCGGCCAGCAACAACCGCCUAUCAAUAUGCCUGUCAUGCGUCCGAUCACCCCACAGGAUAUCCAGUUGGCCAGGCAGCGCCUUGGUCGACAAGUUCAGCAUCUGAGUGACGAGAACCUCCGCGAUCUGCUCCAUAAAAACAGACAGAAGACGAUACUAGCACAAGCUCGGGCCAUGGCUGCUGCUCAACAAAAUCAGCAGCCUCCGACAGCGUCGCAGCCCCCUGUCACCGUCCACCCCACCGUCCCCCAAGUCAAGUUAGAGUCCCAACCGUCACAACCGACCGCGCAACAAAAUCAGCAGAAUGUCCCCCCCAAGGCCCAGGCUGCACCUUCCGGAAAAGGAAACAAGGCAUCUGCUACGAAGCAGGCACCGAAAAGGAAGCUUCCCAACGAGGAGUCGAUGGAAGCUCAAGCUACGCCUGUACAAAAACCCAAUCAACCUGCACCUUCACAAGGCGGACCUGCUCCCGUUCCAAAUAGACCCAAUAUGCCCUUCACGCGCGAACAACUAGCAGCGAUGACACCUCAGCAACGCGCCCAGCUGGAGCUACAUCUGCGGAGGCAACAGGCACAGGGCCGUGGAUCCAUUACCAGGACGGCCGCUGAAGAUUCAUGGAACCACUUACCAGAGAGAAUCGGCAUGAUGUACGAGGAAAUUGCUAGGACUGCGCCGCCUGCAGAACCAGUCCCCAUCACACCAGAGCAAAAGGCAACCAUGUCACAGCAGCUGCGCGAUUCGACAGACUAUUUGGGUAGGAUGGAUGCGCUUGUCCAGUUCAUCGCCAAAAUCCCGGGCCAGGAGCGUAAUGUCCGAAGUCUACUUGCGAUGCGGAUUCAAUUAAUGAGACAAUUCAAAUCCGGAUCGGACUGGACACUGACGGAUCAAUUCACUAUCACACCUGAAUACCUCGCAGGCACUACGAAUUACAUCAAGAAAUUAUUCCACCAUAUGAUUGCGCGGGUAAAUCAGCAGCAAAACCAGGUACCCGGUCAGCGCCCUAAUGCUCCGCAAGGUGCACCCAUGGCACCGGGAAAUCUCCCAAAUAAUAUGCCUGCACUGAACGCGACAAACUUGCACCAAUUACAGCAACAGGAAGAGGCUCUUCAGCGGGCUCGUCGAGCGUCCAGCCAGACCGCCUCGGGGCCUGCUGGUAUUCCGCAAGCGCCAUUUGGUGCACCAUCGCCUCAGGGUGUUCCGCACGCUUAUGGGCCUGGCAGCAUACCUCCAGAGCAGUUGAAGCUGCCCCCUCCGAAGAAGAGAAAGCAGUCCCACGCUGGUGCUACGCCUGUGCUGGGGAGUGCAGUGCCCAAGGCCCCAGCGAAUAAGCCAACAGGCGCAGAAAUGAAGAUGGCUGGCGCACCUUUGAGUGGCGCUUUCAAGUGCAGCGUUCCCGAUUGCCAGAAUCAUCACCUUGGUUUUGCCACUCAAAGUGCGCUGGACAGUCACGUCGAAGAAUGCCACAAAGUCGAAGAGCCCAUCGAAAAUCCGUUGGAAUUUGCCGUCGAGAGUUUCCGUACCGCCCUUGUCAAAGAGGAAGAACAAGAAGGACUUCAAAGCAGUAAGGACACCUCACACGCCCCUGGCAAGUCUGUUGCCGCAUUCUCUUCCACGAGAAAUGACACCAAGGUUGGAGGUACGCCAGUUUCUACUGGUGCAACGCCCAUGGGCCGUGCUCCCAGCCAAUUGGGACCCAAGCCUAGUUCUCCCGCCUCGAAUCUGCAACUAACUCCUCGUACCUCUUCAGCUAAAGUGUCUACUUCAUCUCCUCUCAAGCCGACAACUAGCAAGGACGACAAGAAAGAAGCGGUCAAGCCACUGGAACCCGCACCACCAUCAAUGGACGUGACGACGGUCGAUCCAUGGGCAAACAGUGCCCUUUCCCUCGAAACCAUCCAGGACACAUUCCUGGAUCUUGGGGACGAUGCCGGCCUAGGAUUUGGAGCGAUGGACGAGUUUCUCAAUCCUGAGAUGUUCACCAAUUCUCAAGCCGAGGAUACUCCAGACUCCGUUGAGACUGGUCUUAUCACACAGACACCUAAGGACAACGAUCUGCCAAAGAGUGCCGAAACUAAUGGCAAAGUUGGCGAGAUCGUGGACGAGAACUGGAUACCUGUGGAUUGGGUCAAUCUUCCGGGCCGAUUUGAGGAUGGCCUUUUAGUGAACGACCCGUUCGAGGAGAUCGAUUGGGAUAUGAUUGACCGUAAAGAGGCAGGCAUGAAUGUUGAUGACAGUGGAAUCGCAAUCAUCGCCAUGUGA